ACGGUUGCAAUUUUUCCAAAAUGUAUUAGGUUGACUCUAAUGUUGGUAAUUUUUCAAUCACGGACUAAAAUUGAUUUUGACCACUGGAUCAUCUAGGUCAUUCAUCUUAUCAACUAAACUUAUGACUGUCGCCUAGUUAAAUGUUAGGUUAUCAUACAUUUUACAGCUAAAUCUAACCGUCUAAUGAAGAUGCAUAAAAUCGUCCAACUGUGAUUGAGUUAAUCGUGCAGCCUUGCUAGGAGUUUAAUUGAUGACCGAGAAAGAAAAGGUCAAAAUGGCUUUGGGCAGCCAAAAUAUAUACAAAUGUUGCAUUGGCCUGACCCAUGGACUUUGCUUUAUCACAUCUCUGAUUUAGGCUGAUAAGACGGAUCUAGUUUCUUUUCAUUAUGUGGCUAAUUUUUACAUCACUUUGACCCCAAAUUGACUCAAUACAUCAACAAUUAAUACAAGCAACAAGCUGAUAAGUAACCACAAAAACAUCAACAUAUUCACACUUAUUAAAUCAAAAAGCAAACGCAAUAAUGUAAGGUCAACAAGAAUCAGAAGAAGAUCCAGAAAGAUAGAGAAGGUACAGAAGGUACAGAAGAUGCAGAAGAUAAAGUGAAACGUCAAAGACAAGCGUCAUUUGGUUAAAUCAAUUUAAUUUUAAUUUUACUUGGUUUACUCGUCAUCAUCAUCCCCAACCUGAAGAUCGUAUUAUCAUUACAUGACCUGCCCUGUUUCUUGAUGAUCAUCUCCUCCCCUUUGCCCCUUAUCCAGACCCAAGAGAUGAAAAGAGCGCAAAAAAAAGAGUCAGGAACUUGAACAAGACCUGUUUAUCAACAUGUUCAUUACAUUUAUACCCAUACUGUAAUGAUGAGGUUGCCCCGAAAAAAACAACAAAAUAAGAAUUGGUUCAAAGUGGAUCCUUCUCACCUUUUAGCCCCUCAUGUACUGUUAUUCUGCUCACUCAUCUUCAUUUUUUUCUUCUUCUUGUGACCUCCCUUUACCUGCUUACUUCCUAGUUGUUUAAGGUAAGAUCAUUUCAUUUAAACCAUUCAGUGUUUAUAACUCAGUGUCUUCAGAUCAACGCAACUUAACUUAUUUUGUCUCUUCAUUUAGUAACAUUCCCACCAACUCUUACAACCAUGAAAAACGUUAUUUUAAGUGUUGCUCUUUUGGCCGUUUUUGUUGCCGUUGUUUCAGCUUCUGAAUCAACUCAAGCCCGUCAAGCCCGAUUCGAUGAUAGGAAAGCUCGAUUUGAUACCGAGAAGAAGGAAAUUACUACAUUUAUGAAUACCAAAAACCUCUUCAAAACUGUGUUCAAAAUUUUAUUUGGUACAAGUGAUGAAAGUGCAGCAACAUCACGUCAAGUCCUCGGUGUUCUUGUCGAGGUUCUUGACAUGUUGAGAAGCUCAUUUGGUCAAAAGGCACGAAGCUCAUCUGCUCGUGGAUUAAAAGAUGCUGUUGAUGAUGCUGCUUACGCUGGAGCAACCAUGUUACGAGGUUAUGUAAAAUCAGUCCUUGCCGGUGACGAUCAUUGUGCCCAAAGACAUUUGUGUGAAUCAUCCAAGGAAGCCGUUAGGGAAGGUCGUGAACUCGGUUAUGUUGUAUCCCAAGUUGGAGGAUAUGCUACUGGUUACCUCCUUCAACACCAAAAAUCAAUCCCAUCAAAUACAAUCUCAGAGGCAGUUAGACGAGGUCGAAGCGGUGAGGAUUGUGCCAAGAUUUACUCAAAUUGUAAUGAAACUUUGUAAUGACUGGCCAUAACAACUGUUACAUCCAAUUCAACUACACCAAUGAGCUUGGAUUUCAUCCUUUUGGUUAGAUUUAAAUUUUAGCCAAUUUAUCAUGACGAUAAUCAUACACAACUAUACCACCGAUUUUUUAACAUUUGGGACAAAUUAAUUUUUAUCCCUUCCAUUACAAAUAAACAAUAUUUAAAUGGUAAAGAUUAAUAAGCCUGUUACAGUUCCGUCUCAUUCGUCUUUUCACCUUAAUAAAUAUACUUUUCUUUACAAACCAACCAAUGGAAAGAAACAAUUAACCACCGUCAGGGACUACGAUCAAUGCCAAAGAUCAAAAACACCAUUUUCUUGAUGAUCCUAUGUCACCUCUGAUCAGUCCUACCAUUUACAAUCAAUUUAACACCAUUAAUGUAACACUUAUUUAUAAUGCACCCUUAAUUGCACACAAUUUAAUUUGUCCCUUUUUUUAAAAAAAACCUAUCUUUGCGAUUCUUUUGUUAUUUUUAAUAAAAAUUAUCUUUUGUUGAA